AUGCUGGCGGUGUGCUUGGCAGCGGCCGUAUGUCUUGCUGCCAGCGUUGCGUCUGCUGGUAUACUGUUUGCCCCUAGUGACGCGACGCUUCCCCUUACUAGCUUCGAUCAGCUUCAGGCAAUCUGCACGGCGGCACAAGCUGGCAGUACCCCAGUCGCCAUGUACGCAACAACCAUGACGAGUCUUGUUGCGAGCCUCAUGCAGGACAAGAAGGUGACCCAGGCGUACGUGAGUGCGUACCUGAACGCCGACCGGAAGUGGCUAUGGUACAUCUACGAGGCCGGCCAAGUGAUCGAAACGCUUGUGAACAGCAGCCAAUGGGCAAGCGGAAAUCCAACAGGGGCGUACACCACCUACAGGUACGCGGCCUACACCCAGGACAGAGGCCUCAUCAGCUCAACGGGCUACGACAACUACCCAGUCAUCUGCAACUACGAGGACAGAAUAAGCUACAGUCCACCAGAAAAGAAGUUCCCCUGGUGGGCCAUUCUCAUCCUUGUGCUAUCGGUGGCCGCCGUCAUCAUGAUUUUCAUUGUCUAUUGCUGCUGCUGCAAGAAGAAGCAGUACGACGACGCAGACGAGGACAGCGAAUUAGCGACUCGCAGUGGCUCCUUCAGGAGUCGUGGCUCCAGCCACGCGGGUAGUAGCAAGUCCGAUGGCAGCUCGUCCUUCGCCUCCUCGCGCCGCUCCUCCUUCUCGGAAUCGGAGAGUCAGUGCGACGGCUCGUCUUUUGCUUCUAGCAACCGAAGAACCAGCUACUCCGACAGCACUCGGUCGUGA